AUGGGAUCAGUAUUCCAACAAAAAUCUACUAUACAAAAAUUACUUGAUGAUAAUUCACAAUUAAUUUCAUUAAUUCUUGAUUUACAAUCUAAAGGAAAACAAAUCGAAUGUCUUGAAUAUGAACGAACAUUAUAUCGUAAUUUAAUUUAUUUAAUUCAAUUCGAUCCAUCAACAUCUCAUCAUCCAAAUAAUCUACCACCACCAGAUGCAUUUAUUCAAACACAACAACAACCGUUGAUAAAUGGAAAUAUGCCUCCACAAACUCAAUCUGAUCAAAUCUAUAGAACACAAACAAAUACUCUAAACCAAACUGCUCAUCAUUCCAAUACAAGUUUAUAUCCUUUAUCUACAUCUACAAAUUCAUCAGUUGAACAACAACAUUCGUCUAAUUCAUCAAUUUCAUCUCAUUCAAAUCCAGUAAAUAAAUCUACAAUAUCUCAACAACGAUUACCAUAUUUACAACAAGGACGUAUUCUUAAUAGUAAUACAAUGGAUUCAUCCUAUUCACAAUCUUAUAUUCCACAACAACAUUCAUAUUCAAUACAACAAAAUGGUUAUGGACAAUAUCCAAUGUAUCAUCAGCAACAAAAUCCGCCACUUCAAUCAAAUUCUUCAACUAAUACACAAAAUAUUAUUUCAAAUCAACAAAUUAUGAAUAAUAAUUAUAAUGAACAACAACAAAGAUAUUAUCCACAACAAAAUUAUCUUAUGCAACAACAAUGGCAAAAUCAAUCGCGUAUGCCCAUGCAACAACAACAACAGUAUACAUCGUCCUAUCCACAACAAGUACCACCUCAAGCUUGA